AUGGACAGACGUUGUUUAUUCUAUGGUCUUCCAUUGUUGGAAUCUGGAACCUUGGGAACUAAAGGCAAUACUCAAGUCGUCUAUCCUCAUCUCACCGAAAGCUAUUCGUCUUCGCAAGAUCCACCCGAGAAGGAUAUUCCAAUUUGUACGCUCAAGAAUUUCCCCAAUGAGAUUCAGCACACGAUACAAUGGGCUAGAGAUCAAUUCGAAACUCUCUUUUCGCAACCGUCCGAAAAUGCUAAUCGCUUUUUGGAAGAUAGUAAAGAAUUCUUGAAACAUGUCAGAAACGCUUGCUCACAACCAAAAGAUGGAAAUGCUGACUGCCGUCGACUGCAUUGCUUGGGCACGCCUGCUUUUUCAAAA